CCAGGGACAUCAUGGACCCCUCCAGCUGCCCUCUAGAAGUCAGAUGGGUGCAAGGGAUCAAUCAAAAACAUGUCACCUUUGUUAAUCGUAAUACAGUGUGCCAUCCAUGUGGAAACUUUAUUAUUUUUACCGACAUAGAAACAAGAAGACAGACUUUGCUGCAAUGUCCAACAGGGAGUAUUGGAGCGUUUGCUGUUAAUAUGCAGAGUGAAGUCGUAGCAUUUGCUGACCAGAAACUUCAACCAAGCAUUUAUGUAUAUACUUUCCCAGGACUUGUCAACAGAGCAGAACUGAAAGAUGGAGCACAGUUGGAAUAUUCUGCAAUAACCUUUAGUCAUUCAGGACACUAUUUAGCAAGUUAUUCAUCUGUUCCAGAUCAUCUGCUGACUAUCUGGAACUGGCAGGAAGGCAUUUCUCUAUGCAGCAAGUCACAUUACAGCAGCGGUUUUACCAGUUUGACCUUUAACCCUAACGAUUGGCAUCAGUUGUGCCUGUCUGGUGAGGAAUGUGUUACUGUGUGGAACAUUGAAGUAUGUGACACAGUGUAUCACCUAAAAGACAAAUCGGUCAAACUUCCCAAUGAAGAUGGUACAGUAACUGUAGAGAAUGAAUACUUUACUUCUCUGACUGACACUGAACUCUCAUACCUUGGACCUCAGAUGCCAGUACCAGCCAUUGCUGGCUUAUUGGGUGAUGAAGCAGAAGUUUUCAUGCCAAAAGAAUUGCGAAAAACAGUUGUUAAGCCCAAUACACAUUGCUGGAGUACAACGUCAGACUUCUAUGUGGGCUGUAAAGGAGGACAGCUACUGUCCAUUAACCCAGAGACACAGAUGGUUACCGUCCUUAGCCCAAUGGAUUGGCAAACAGCUGGUGAAUUGCCCAGAGGUACUGUUAUAAAAGGAAGCAUAGACACUAUGGCACUUUACAAAGAUGGACUCUACUUAGCUGGAAAUGAAGGCAUUUUGAGGUCAUGUUCCAUAAAGGGUUCAGAAUGUAAACUUGAAGAAUGCUGGGAUGCAAAAGAACCCAUUAAAAGUAUCAGUUUCUCUACCAAUUACAGGAUGCUUUCCAUUGCAACAAGCAAGGGUUCUGUUUAUCUAUACAGCCACAAAAUUUCUCAAGACCCUUUCCAAAUUCUUAAUGCAAACAAUGAGGACUUAAUUGGUGUUGACUUUUUGACCAAUGGAAACAAGUACUGUAUGGGUGUGGGCAGGUCUGGAGGAGUCCAGAUAUGGUCAGUGGAAGAUGGCACAAACAUCAGUGCUUUGGAUCUUGACACCAAGGUAACUUGCAUGGCAUGCUGCCCAUCAUCCCAUUAUGCAGCAAUAGGUAGCAGCACUGGACAUAUUUAUUUCAUUGAUGGCGUAAAAAUAAAGUCUCCUCGAAUAGUUCAAAGAAAACGACUUUAUAGUGUUCCUGUUCUACACCUGCAUUUUGAUCAAAAAGGCAAUUUCCUUCUGACGGGGGCUGCUGAUGGACACAUAUUUAUAGUAGAUGCAAGACCUUCCAGUUGCUUUCAAGUUCUUGGAUAUACAGUGGUUGGUGGAGAUAUUUUGUCCUUGUCAUCGCUAAGUACAGUGGAUUCACAACACGUUAAAGUUUUGGCACUUGUCUGUCCCAUGGGAGAUAAGGAAGAAGAUGAAAGUGGCACUCAGCUGGAGCUGUUUUCCUUGGCUCUGCAAAUCUUAGCAAAUCCCAUUGAAUACACUGAUCAGCGUGGGAUGUUUAAAGACAUCAUGAUCCAAAAGCAGCAGUACAAAGUGGAGCAGCCCCUGUAUUCAUCUGUUCUAGGAAGCAGUGGCAAUUCAGUCUAUGGUUACAGCAGCGACUCUACCUUGAUUUACAAAUUUGUGCUGACAAAGGAUGCUGCUGGGGAUCUACCUAAACUUCUGUCUGCUGAGAAGAAGGUGCGGGGGAGUCAGCUUGGACCUGGAUGUCUUAAUUUGUCCUUUCAUCACAAGUGGCUUGCUGUGGCUGCAAGAGAUGGUAUUUUGUAUGUACAGGAUUCCUUUAAUUUGGAAACCUUUGCUCAGGCAAGCUGCCAUUCAUACCACAGUGGGGGUAUUGGCUCAAUGGCCUUUUCUUUAGAUGGCCAUUCACUGGUUACCACAGGGAUGGGAGAUGGAGCAAUCGUGUGCCUCAGAUGGAGACCUUCUGGGAACAAUAUAGUGAAUGCUGCCCGGGAUUAUGGAAGAACUCUCAGCAUAUCUCUUAAGUCUACAAUAUUUGAUGAAGAUGAAGCUUUAAAGAAAAUGCCAGCUUGGUCUUCAGAUAUUGACACUGCACCAGUCCAGGAAAAAGAGCACAAUCAGUUGAGUGUGGUGGUCACUGAUCAGGAUGAUAGCUUCACAGUCGCCUCAUCUUUUACAUCUGGAGAUCCUACAUGGCUUGAUCAGAAGCUUGAUGAGGCAAUAAAAGAAGAAACAAAGAAAUAUGAAAACCAAAAGAAAAGUCUAAAAAAUGGUAUAAAAGAAAUGAGGCAAAGAAUACAAGCCAUGAUGCGAGAGAAUGAAUCCUUGCCUGACAUUGAAAAAUUAGAUCAGCAGGAAUUUAAUCUGGACACAGAGGAGCAAGCGAGACUGCGUGCAGAAAGAGAGCAGGCUGAGGACAGGGUGAGGCAAGAAAUUGAAAUGGAAAAUCUGGCCAAACAGUACCUACGUGAUGUUAUAAAGAAAGAAUGCUGGGAUGCCAUGGCUGUUAAAGGACGAUCUGUUUUGUCUUUUCAUGCAGAUUAUGAGGUCAAAAAUUAUUCCUUGAAAGAGCGAAGUGAAAAGGAACUAGAAGAUGUUGCCAGAGUGCUGAAGCUCAAGAAGAUUGAAUCUAUUGAUCUCAAAGCUAGAAAGGAAAUUGUUGAAGUUCAGACAAGGAUAGGGUCAGAAGAGGAUGAAGAAGUGGAGGAAGAGACAGCCACAAGUCAAGAUACCACAUCGUUGAUUGGAAGUCUGAGCGAUCAGUAUGGAGGUGACACGUCUACCUUGUACAGCCAGCUGGAAAUGCACAGCAGAGAGGAGAAAAUAAACCAAAUCAUAUUGCUUCAAGACAUCAUCCACAAUGUCAAAACAGCCUUUAACAAAGAAUUUGAAGCAAUUUAUAGACAGAAGGAGCAAGAAGUCUCCCGUGUUAAUGAAAGAAACCAAAGAAUUCUGGAAAUAAUGUCUGAACUGAACAUCCAAGAAAAAAUGUUAGAACCAAAAUUUACAGAUAAUGAGAAACCAGAGAGAGCGCUCACAGUGGACGAUUCUGAGAUAAAGGUUGAAAAAUAUUUGACAGCUGAGCAAAAAGCCAAAGCAGAGCAGCAAGCCAAAGAGGAAAAGGAGAAAUACCUGGCUGCUCAGGAAGAUGAAGCUAAACAGCGUGCCCUCAAUGACAUGAUGGGAGGUGUUCUGGAGGUUAAGAAAGAAGAUAUUUUAAGAACGGAAGUGUCACUUCCAGGAUUUAUGUCCAAGACUGAGGCAGAAUGGACUGAAGAGGAGAAAAAGCAAUUCAAAGAGUAUGAUAAAAAAUGUAAGGAGCUGAAUGAGGAGAAGGACAAGUAUAGGAAGAUUCUAGAGGCAGAAAUGAAAAAGAUUCAGACUUCAAUAAUGGAGACUACCCAGGCGUUUGAUGAUGCUUUGAUGAGACUAUUUGAAAAGAAGGUGAAAUCGGAAAUGGCCAUUUACCAGGAAGAGCUGAAAAUCAGCAAUCUUCUAUUCUCCAUUUUGAUUGAAGAAGAGAUAAAUACCAGAGUGGCACAAUUAAACCAGAUCCUGGACAGAAAACGAAAACAAAAGAACCAAACAGCUGAACUAGUUAAGACUUUCAAAGCUGAGGUGGAAUCUUUCAGAGAGUCCUAUGAUGAUCUAGUGGCAGAAGAUAAGUUGUUAGAUCGAGGAUUUAAGAAAGAAUUUUCAGAUGUACUAGCUCACCAUGUGGACCAGCUUUACAGACUCUACAAGCGAAGACCAAGAGUUCAACGCCUCAGGACUCAGACAGAAAAUGAGGCCCCAUUCGGUGAACGUCCAGCAUCAGGCAAAACGUACAGAGAUUCAAUUGCUCCGCUCAUGAAAGCAAUGGAUGAAUUAGAUGCUCCAGAACACAUGCCAGAAGGGCUCGAACUUCCAGUUUGGGAACGUUUCUGUCUAGCAAGGCGGUCUAAAAUGGAAUAUGAACUGCAGGUGAAGCGAAAGGCGCAGAUACUGGCUGAAAUGCAGGAGUUUCUUUAUAAGAGGAUAGAAGAUGAUGAGAAGACACGGCAGGACAUUGAGAAUAUUAUGCAAGAUCUUAACAUUCUACGAAAUGCAAAAAUGAAGUUUCUGUUAGAUUUGACCGUCCAGUUCAUACUUAAACAGGGACAAGUGGAAGUGGAAAAUUCAGAUUUAAUGCCUAAUUUUGCUGAUGCGAUACUGCUGCACAGGAAUGUCAUUGAAGAUUUGAAUAGCAGCAUACGGGGCCUGGGAGAACAGAAAAUUGCCAUCAUGGUGGAAAGCAAAGAUUUCCGUAAAGGAAUCUUUCAGCUUGAGUGGGAACACAAGAAGAUCCAAAUGGAGAUGGAAGACUUGAAAAAGAAAUCUCGGGACAUUACGAUGCUUCGUGUGACUAAAGACAUUCAGACCUUUCUCAAUGAAUCAAAUUAUGACAGGCGCUUAGCUAACCAGAUACUGGUCCUGGAAGAGACUAUCAAUGUCGAAGAAAAGCAACAUGAGAAAAAUGUGAAGCACUACAAAAAAACUUACAAGAAUUUGGAGAAGUAUAUUAAAAAUAAGGAAUCAAAUGAAGAGCUGGACAAAGAACUGCAGGAUGUCCUUGUCGCCUUCUCUGAAAGGAAACACAUCUUUGAUGUAGUUGGGGUAGAGCAAAGUGCCGAGAAGAAUGUAAGAGAAAGAUACAUGGACAUUGUACAGCGCCGUAAGCUAGUGGAUCUUGUGAAGGCACAAGCUCAGGAGAUCGCCAUACAACACACUGAUCUUGAUCGGCUGAGGAUGAAAACCUUCCCGGCAUUAAUGCAAAUGGAUUACUAGGCUUUACCAUCCCAUAAUAACCCAAACUAAUAUUGUAUCUGUUAUUCAUAUUUAUUA